GGAGAAGUGCAUCGUUGGUGCCACAAUUUAGGCCGGCAACACUGCCAGGUGGGAUGCAGGAAGUGUACGUUCGUAGUAACUAUCAGUAUGGACUGACAAAGAGAUGGCAUUCAUUGGGCAGACCUCCUCAGUAGAUUUCCUUCGAUUAUCUAAAAUUACUUGAAAGCAGGUGAGUGUACCAUCCGCCAUGAUUAACUGCGUGCGCUCGCUAGUUCUGAUGGGCGGAGCUAUAGUCAUUGUGUACAGUACGGGUAUUCGAAAGUGAGCCGUGUCCGUGGGCCCGGGGCCCAUAAUUGUCGUGUAAACACACGGUUCCGGUUUGGUCCGGAUGGGGCCCUACCCCAUAACGUCGUGUAAAUGGGGCUCUAGAGGUACCGCAUAUACUAAGUUUUGAGACCUUGUACAUUGUUCUGGCUAGCUGGAGACGUUGCGAAUUGUGCUGCAGAACAGAGUAACCAAUCAUUGAAUGUCUCCGCCACUAGACGUGCAGAGUAUGGGCUGGUAGGUAAUUCUGAGACUGUGGUAGCUUUCUUUUCUGAUCAUGAAUAAAAAAAAUUAUUAGUAAUAGAAUAGAUCUAGAUAAUCUUCCCAGACUCUGUAUGAACAGAGCAGUUAGUACAAUGAGGACUGUGAGUUUAUCCGGGCUUUGUUCUAACUACAGAGGUAUAAUACUGUAGCAACUGCAAGGUUCCGCGGUACUAGGACGUGUACAGCCGCAGUAGCACGUUCUGUGUGGUCGACUUAAGUUAAAGGCGUUGACAUCACAUCAAGUUUACGAAAUCUGUCAUCGCGUAAUACCAAGCUUGAUAAGUUUAGUCGCUUUACAGAAACCCAACAAGCAGGCUUCGGCCUCCCAGACCCGUGAAGCGCCGAUUCACUCCACUGGUACCGGGUAUCGCCUCUUCUCAAUCGGUCCUAGGACCAGCAUUAGUGUUCAGUUUUAUAAAUGCCAAUUACGGCUGUAAUACAAGAACGACGAAGACAUGUCGUGCUAGAACAUCGUGUCGCAUCCCGCUGCACGGGUACCUUUGUGUUUACUGCAUCUACGGUUAUUAUCAUUUGUGUGUUAGUAGGGAACGCGAACGGGACGCUAUGAAACACUUUCUUUUACUAAUGGAGCCGCGGACGCGAUCGGCAUGUGUGUAGCCACGAAUUCACGAUGCACGAAUUCACGAUGCGCGCAUCCGCUGUGACACGGAGCACGUGUGCACGUUUGAUAUCAACUCAUUAGGUUGUUUUUGUGGUUUCGCUGUUCUCUCUCCUCUUUUUUCUGCUACACAAAUGACUGGAAAUCCGGAUCCUCGGCAAAACAAACGGCAAGAGAACGGCAAAUUUGAUAUGCACGAUGUCAGUCUGCCUCCUCUUCAACGUGUACACCACUACUACCGCUCUUCAGGUCAAACUAAAACUCAGACGACGUCCCUGUCGUUGGACGCCAGCGAAAGGUUACGACGGCGACAAGCAAGGUCUUUGCGACUGAGUUCGAACUUGGCAGUUAUUAAGCCUUGUCAGGAGAACAUAUCACAAGGCAAGAAUAUCGACACUGGACAAGCUGUGAAACGUAGUAGUCAGGUGAGUGAAUCGAGUUGUGAUGUCACGAGUUUGGUCAGGGCUUUACCACCGUCAAGUGGUACAACGUUAAUUUCUUCUGAGUCUACUGCUGUGGAAAUGCCUCUUGCUACAGUUUACGAAGCUCUCAGUAGAGUGGAACUUGAAGAUCAGACUACUUUAAGUAAUAGCAGAUUGCAGACAGAAACGGACAUUGAUGCAGGCAUUUCUCUUCCAAUGAAGCCUGGAGCUGCUUUGAGACAUUUUGCUGAUCGUUUGUCGGAAUAUGAACGAUCUGAGAUUAUUGACUUCGCUGAGAUUUGGUUUCUUGGUUUGGAAGCAAAGAAAAUGCCGGGCAUUCGAGGUGCUUCCCGCAAUCAUGGUUAUGACGACGACAAUGGCAAUUAUGUGUGUAUUCCACACGAUCAUCUGGCAUUUCGUUACGAGGUGCUAGAAAUUCUUGGCAAAGGCUCAUUUGGUCAAGUCGUGAAAGCUCUUGACCAUAAAACCAAUGACUUUGUGGCCGUCAAGAUUAUUAGAAAUAGGCGAAGAUUUCAUAAACAAGCUACUGUUGAAGUUGCAAUAUUACAUGCUAUACGAUCCAAGGAUUUGCAGGGUCGAUACAAUGUUGUGCACAUGCUUGAAUCAUUCUAUUUUCGCAAUCACUUAUGUAUCGUUUUUGAAUUAUUGGGACUAAAUUUGUAUGAACUAAUCAAGAAGAAUGGAUAUCGUGGCUUCAGUCUCUCUGUCGUUCGAAGAUUUGCUUAUGCUCUACUUCAGUGUCUAAAGUUAUUGUAUCGCGAGAAGAUCAUUCACUGUGAUCUAAAACCAGAAAACAUUCUACUAAAACAUCAGCGUAAAACGUCAAUAAAAGUUAUCGACUUUGGUUCUAGUUGUUAUGAGUUUCGAAGAGUGUAUACAUAUAUUCAGAGUAGAUUUUAUCGUGCUCCAGAAGUAAUACUAGGCCUUCCGUAUGGUGUCGCAAUUGACAUGUGGAGUCUCGGCUGUAUUCUAUGUGAACUCUACACUGGAUUUCCUCUCUUUCCCGGUGAAGACGAGAGCGAGCAGUUGGCAUGUAUCAUACAGAUCUGUGGCAUCCCGUCACCUCGUCUUCUACAAGCAGCUCAAAGACAACAUUUAUUUUUCAAUUCCAGGGGAAUGCUUGCGAGGGUGGUUAAUUCAAAGGGAGUCAAACGACUACCGAAUUCUGUCAAAUUGGCGGAUGCGGUGAAGACUAAUAAUGAGCUCUUUGUUGACUUUGUUCAGCAUUGUUUGGUUCUCGAUCCAGCACAACGAAUGUCUCCACUCGAAGCAUUGCAGCACGACUGGAUACGUGAAGCACUAAAAAAGACAACCACCGGAGCGCAACCAGUUGCAGACAUUGUGCAACCAGCUGCCACUAGCGAACACUUAAUGUCCGUUGGAACUGAUGAUGAAACUCACAGAGAGACAAGUACGAGACAGAAACCGUCGGUAGCACUUCCUCCACUGAAACAACACACACAGAUGACGGCACCAAAAUCUGACAUUGAUCUCGAAGUACAAGCAGGUCAGUUGGAUGGCAUGAAAAAUGUCGGUCAAACCAAAAACACAUCACGUUUGCUAAAUCAUAAAGGCAGUGGAAACAAAGGCUUUUUACCACAGAUUGAUUAAUACUUUCAGUCGUUAGAUUUUUAUACUUCCCAACCAGAGUGGAGAUCACCGAACACAUACUUUUAAUUAAGUUAACAAGUUGGCUCUAUUUUUAGAACAUGGUCAAGGUGUGGCCAUUUAUAUUUCGAUUUAUAUUUAAUUAAUAUUUCAGUUGAUAACAAUAAUAACAAUGUUUGCAGUAGGAGAUGAAUUGGCCAGGUGUGUAGCUUCAUUUCUUUGUAGUAAUUGUUGACUUGCUUUCGUUGUACCA